GAGCCGGACGGAGGGCGACGCGGUUUCAGCGCGAGCUGAAAGUGGACGCUGAAGCUGAAAGUGAAGUAAAGUCGGAUCGGCGAUGUCGGGCCGCUCGGCGCGCGCAGAGACGCGGAGCCGCGCCAAGGACGACAUCAAGAAGGUGAUGGCGGCCAUAGAGCGCGUGCGGCGAUGGGAGAAAAAGUGGGUGACGGUUGGAGACACGUCUCUGAGAAUAUUCAAGUGGGUUCCUGUGGUGGACACGAAGGAGAAGGAGAAGCCCAAAGUCACAGCUCCUUCAGAGAUCCAGCUGGACAGUUUCCCCUCAGAGGAAACGUCUGAAAAUUCCUGCCCGGCUCUCCUGGACUAUCAAGAUGAUAACAGCAACCAGAGCUCUCUGUCGGACUCGUAUCAGGUGAAAGCGGUCGCGACGGUGGACAGCAGCACUAACUCGAGUCCUCAGCCGAGUGAGCCGGUCAGCCCCGCCAUCCAGUCUCAGGAUUACCGCACCGACGACCCUCAGCCGCCCACAUUGGGGCAGGAGUGCAUGGAGGAAGCGUCGCUGCAGCCGCGGGAGAUGGCAGACGAACCGCCGACGCUGAUUAAAGAAGAUAUUUUACCCCUCAGCGCUCAGGAGGAGGAUGACGAGGACGAGGAGGAGGAUGAGGAAAGCUGUGAAGCGCCACCUUUAAAAAGAGUCUGUACCGAGCAGACGUCGGUUAUCCAGUCCACUCUGCUGAGUUAACGCUGCGCGCCGGAGGCCACGAUAAUCAUCCGCGCAGACAUCUGUCCUUCAGAAGAGUCGAUAUGGGCCAGGCAGCAGGAGAGUUCAAUCACAGCCAGGUUUAAAGUUCAUAUCCCAAUCGUUCUGUUUUGUUAGCUUGGCUCCUUCGUUAAAAGGCCGUUGUGGUGGCCGUGGUGGUCCCCCACCUCCUGCUGAGCUGGUCCACCUGGAGUAAUUGGUGUUGUUCCAUUGGCUGAAAUCACCCAUGUGGUCACCUACACUGUUUACACAAACACGAAUUUUUCUAUUAAUUUCCAUUAAAAGCCAAGAAUGUUUUGUUCUGACAGCAGUGAUUCACUAAACUCCAGCAGCAUCUGACGCUUAUAGAUGAAGAUGUUUUUGCUGGGCUUAGAGAAGCAGCUGUGAGGUUUACACACUUUCCUUUAUCUCAUUUAGCUUAGAAAGCAACAUUAUUAUCUGUCACAUAUAUAUAUAUAUAUAUAUAUAUAUGUGUGUGUGUGUGUGUGUUAAUCUAUAAAAACAGGAGUACUUAAGCAUCCAAAAUGUUUUUGAAAAAAUAUCCAUAGCUACACUUCCCAGAUAGGGAGCAUAUGUCGGUCCGCUGGCUUGAUAAGGUCGGCACCCCACUGACUGGUUGCCACUGCUGGUCCGAGACGACCCAGAUUACUGUCCUGCAUACAAGCUCUAACUUAUUUUUAAUCUCCUCAAACAGAUUUUAAAUGCACAGAGACUUUUAUUUUAGAAACUAAAGAAAGACAAAUAUUACAGACAACUCAGAGGAAAAAGGUCUUAUAUAAAAUGAUUUUAUAGAAAAUGUUGCUGUGCUGGAUUAACAUUAUUUACUAAACUAAUUUAUAAAGUAGAACUAAAGGAAGGAAGGAAAAAUCAGUAAAUUAAACUGUGAGUGGAAAAUGAUGAUAAGUGGAAUUUUGUCUGUUACUCUGAUUAAACACUGGUGGGCUGCCCAGAAAACGCUGAGCAAAACACCAGUGGACCACCAGCUUUGCCCUCAGUGGACCAACAGUGGCCCACUUUUUCAUAUAAUCAUUUAAUUAAAUUUUUUUCUCUUUUUAAAACUUUUUUUUUACGCUGUGUUUCCUGGCACAGUUUAGAGAGCAGCAGAGAGAUUUGUGUGUUUAUUUUAUAUCGUGAUAUUAGACAUUACGUCACACUCAUCAAUAAAUAUUACAUCCAGUGUGAAGAGGGACCACACCGGAGUACAUCAGCCGAACACCAACAGCUCAACAGCUGUCUAGCAUGACAGUUUGAUAUGAUUAUAAAAUAAGUUCUUAAAAUAAUGACGUAACAGGUUCCAUCAGGGUGGACCAGCUCAUCAGGGAGAAUUAACGGUCACCACACUGGACUCAGAGACGGUUUGGCCUGUAUUAGACAUUCCUGCACAGACAGAGGUGAUGAAUGUGAGACUGAACUUCUGGCUUGAUUAUAGAAACCAGUAAUGCAGUAAUGCAGUGGGAUUCAAUGUCAUUUAAUACUGUAGAAUUUUGCUGCCAGUUUAAUCGGAUCACUUAAAAGCAUUUAAAGGGUUUAAUUCAGCGUUUUUGACCCUGAUCUCUGUCUGCUGUAUCUGUGUCGCACUGUCGGUAAUCACAGAUGGAAACUUCAACACGUUCCUCUGAACUUCGGAGAAUCAGAUUUUGUCAGUAAUCCGAUCAAUGCGUUUACAGGCACUUGAGUAAUCAGAUGAUGGGGAACUCCAGGUCUACAUGAGUCAGACAGUAAUCAGAUCUCU